GUAAAUCAGUUGUCCUUGCAUUUCCCCUUGAAGUUCAGGCUCUGAGGGAGAUUUUCAGAGAACAACACUGAAACACCUUAUUUAAGAUGACAGCACUUCAGGACGUAGCUUAAGUGAGCAUCAGUGUGAAAUAUUUAUUUGUGUGCUCGGUAAACACGGUUGUUCCCAUCUAAAAGGUUUCGCUUGAUUUCAGGAAUAUUUUGAAGUCACCUCUUUUCAAACUCUUUGAAUCUGAGAGUUCUAUAAAUCUGUUUCUAUAUAUCUCUGUGUUCUGAUUUUUUUAGCAAAUGCAAAUAUUGCACAGUAACUGCCUUCAAAGAUGAAUGUUUAUGCUCACCUUAUAUAUUAAAAUCAAUGCUGAAGGUCUUCAAGCCAAUGUUACUGCAAACUGUUUUAAGAGCAAGUACGUGUGAGUUAUCUAUUAUUUUAAACGAGUCUGUGGAGCGAUACAUGAGUUAUGAAAAUAGCGCAACAGCAUGGCAUUAUGCUAAAAUAUUUUAUAAUAAUUAUAUCGUUUUUUUUAAAUAAAAUAUCUUGCUUUUUUCUAGAAAAAAAUAUUUUUCAUGAGAAAGGAACACAAACAUUUAUCAUUGCCAAAAAUUGUAAACACUGCACAUUUUGUCAACUUCAUAAGCACUAAUUCAGUGCCUCAGGGACAUGACAAAAUGCUUGGUGUAAGAUAAGACCUUAUUUUAUGAUCAAAUAUUUAAAUGCAAUAGGUAUUUUUAUCAAUUAUAAUGGGCAUAUCAAAGCACCAUGAAAAGCUUUUAACACUUCAUUUUGGUGAAUUACCACUUUAAAAAGUCUAGGGGACUAAAAUAUGAUCGGAAUGAUGACCCUUGACCGUCAAACACUAUUGAUUUUGUGUAAAAAAAAAAAAAAAAAAUCAGGUGGAAAAGCUGUUUAACUUUAAUUUCUCUUCUAGUAGCAUCAAGCUGAUUUGCAAAAGAAAAAAAAACUGCCUAUUAAUAAAUAAUAAAAAGUUAAUACUUAAAACAAUUUGCAAACGCUGCUGAAAACAAAACCAAGACCAUUUUGACAAAAUAAUAGUCGAUUCUUCUUUUUUUUUCAUUCUGCAGUUUACGUUUUUUUUUUUUUUUUUGUAGUUAUUUCUCAGUUAUUUUAAUAACAGUUAUCAGAUAGCAGGGACAUUUUAUACAAUGCAACCUAUUCGGGAGUAAAACCCCCGCUUACAGCUGUAAUGCUGCUCUAAAUGUAAACACCAGCCCAUUCUGCUGUUAUCAAGCGCGGAGCCCCGUCAUAUUCCUGUAGUAAGCUCGGAGUGAACGAGCUCAAACAGCCUGGCACAUGCAGCAGAGCGCAUGUCUGAGGUCUGAACCCACCUUUAACUCCGAGAACUUUCUGAGUUAUGCACCUGCAACAACUUCCCUCACCGUCCGCAGUGUCCGAGAAACCGGAGAGUGCGGACAAUGUUUUUACGCACAUCGCCGCCGCCGUGGACACCCUGGAGAACGAGCCACCGUUGGAAAGACUCUCCACCGGGGUGAGAAACCCCUCAAACGCUCUGGACUACGUCUCCGCGGCACGGGACGACAGUGAAAGUGCGGACAAGUGUGAUUUGUCUGAUUCAAGCCACGCGCGGGCGGAUUACGCCUUCUCUUCUGCUAUGUUCGCGUAUUCGGGGCAGCCUGUGCUCGCGCACCCGCCACUCUCCGGUCCCUACAUGACACCUCACCCAGUCAUCAGCAACGGGCCGUACAAUGGGCUGAGCUACGCGUACUCACAGCAGUACGGACAAACUUACCCAAACGCUGCCGUCUAUCCUGGAAAAGCCCAGGUUUACCUCUGCAACCGCGCGCUGUGGUUCAAAUUCCACAGACACCAAACAGAAAUGCUCCUUACCAAACAGGGGCGCCGGAUGUUUCCGUUUCUAAGUGUUAGUGUUGCUGGUCUUGACCCGACGUGCCAUUAUAAUAUUGUUGUGGAUGUGAUUCUGGCGGAUCCGAACCACUGGAGGUUUCAGGGCGGAAAAUGGGUUCCCUGCGGCAAAGCGGACACUAAUGUUACGGGAAACCGAGUGUACAUGCACCCGGACUCUCCAAACACCGGCGCGCACUGGAUGAGUCAGGACAUCUCUUUUGGGAAACUGAAGCUGACGAACAACAAGGGAGCUUCCGGCAACUCUACUCAAAUGAUCGUCCUACAGUCUCUCCAUAAGUAUCAGCCGAGGGUGCAUGUGAUUGAAAUAAACAAGAGUGGAGAUGAAGAUACCAGUGAUCCUGAUCGAGUGCAGACAUCUACCUUUCCCGAAACACAGUUUAUAGCUGUCACAGCUUACCAGAACACAGAUAUAACACAACUAAAAAUUGAUCACAAUCCAUUUGCGAAAGGAUUUCGGGAUAAUUAUGAUAAAAGUUACAGUGGCUCUGACGCUGACCGAUUGACCCCUACACUCGGUGACUCUCCACAAACUCAGAUGCUGCCUGGCUCGCGGUACACAAUGACAAGCACUUUAUUUCAGGAGCAGUUUGUCAACAGUUACACAAAGUCCUUUUUUCCAUCUCUUACCCCUGACCCUGGCCUUGCAUCCUCAAACCAAUCCCAAGAGAGCAGCUUGGCCUCCGGGCAGCACUGGCUUGUGUCUUCCACUGCUUCUCCGUUAUACGAAACCGAUAUUAACACAGCAGCUCUGCUCUCUUACGCCACAGCGGGGGUCAAAGGUCUGCCUUUCACUGGUGGCACUAGUACAAGUCUGGAUUACUACACCAGUGCCACUGGAUGGGAUUCACGGGGUUCGCUAGAGAACAGCAGUAAAACCAGCUCAAUUCUGCCUGGCUGGGUUCUAGAUGCAGGUCUUGAAAGAUCAACACAAUCAUAUUACAUACCUGAGGAUGGAGAUAUGUUGGAAAUGGACCGGUCAGCUCUUGGAGUUUCUAAGGAGCUGGAAGGUUAAGAUGCCGCGGAUUCGACAUGGACCGAAACUUCCAUUAAAUCUGUCAAAUCCAGUGAUUUAAGGAUUUAGGAGGAGGCUCAACUGAAAAAUCCUUCUAUCGGUCCAGAUCAGACUCUGAAAGAAUGCAGAACAGGGCCAAAAAUGGGAUUAAAUAAUCUGACUUUUUUAAAAUUUUGACAGACAAACAUAAACCCGCCUGGACUGAGUGUGCAAUUAAAAUGUUGUUAAUAUGGAAAUAAUGUUAUGAUGUUGAUUUAUGUAUAAAGGAUUAAUUUAUUUCCAUGUUACACUGCACCAUUGCAGAUGAAUGAGAACUGACAUCCCCACCUAUCUAAACACGCUGUAUUCGACAUCUUAUAUGGCUAUAAUCUGGUGGUGGUAUUAUAAAAACGUUAAGACCAACAUGUCUGUAUUUGUUACAAUAUACAUCCCCAGUAAACGAAUCUAAAUAAAUUACCAUUAGCUUAAAAAUCACAGCUGUUUAAUAUGAAAAUGUAUAGAUUGUGAUGUAUCAAAACAGUAGCUAUCUUAACUAAUAAAGAACAGGUCUUUUUUAAUUAGAUGCGUAUUGUGAAAUAUAGAAUAUUAUAAUGUGAAGUCCUGACAUCCUGCUGCUGUCAGAAUGUUUGAUGUAUAGCCUAUAUGGAUUAUCAGAGGUUGAGUAUAAAUAAAUCCCAUAAAAACUUAAAUUCGGUUGUUUAUUUAUUGACGUAGUAGUUAAAAGAUUGCAAGUCGGUGUGAGUGAAUUAAAAUAUUUUACACUGACACUUAGCACGAAUGCAAGACAGUUCACCAGGUUUUGGAACACUGUGUCCUUGACCUGCAGGAAAUAAUAGUUUAAUUCUCUCAUAAGCAAUAGGAUUAUACACGGCAGCAGAAUCUAUCACUAAAUACAGCUACAAACUCUCUCAGUGUACAUUACAGUGAAGGGAUCAAGUGAAGAAUGAAGCUCCUUCAGCAGCUGUUGAACCCGAAAUAACCAGAGACCACCUUCACAGAGCCGGACAAAGCACGCAUUAGUAUUUUUGACGCAUUUCAUGCAUAAAUGAAUGAAUAAUAAAAAAGAAUAAAAAAUAAAAGUUCACUCAAAAUUAACUUUGAGCCAUUUCAUUCAGCUAUGUUUGGCUUGACGUGUAAAUGCCACUUGCUUUGUAUGUGGAAUGAACGUGGCUAUAGGGAUAUUUUUACUAAACGACGUAACACAUUCUAUAUCCUAUUUUUCACACAAAGCUGUCAUGUUGAUUUUUUAAGACUUGGAGAGGACUAGCCUAUAGUGCAUGUAUAAUAAAUUGGGCAAUUUUAUGGGGAUUUUAAUGUGAUAUGUGACACCCUCCAUGCACUCCCACAUUU